CUGGAAGCGGACAAGCUGACCCUCCCGGUCAGUCCCGGCCCGCUCAGCCUCACGCCCUCCCCGACUCCAAAGCCGGACGCGACGAUUAUCCCCGUGGAGCCGUCUCCCUUGGAGAAGAACAAGUGCUUCUUUGUGGAUGAGUCGGAACCUCUUCUGCGCUGUGACUCAACCUCCAGCGGUUCCUCCGCCCUGAGCCGAACGGGCUCCUUCAUUACCAAAGAAAAGAAAGACACGGUGCUGCGCCAGGUGCGCCUGGACCCCUGUGACCUGCAGCCCAUCUUUGACGACAUGCUUCACAUCCUGAACCCAGAGGAGCUGCACACCAUCGACGAGAUUCCCCAGGCAGAAGAUAAGCUGGACCGAUUGUUUGAGAUCGCCGGCGUCAAGAGUCAGGAAGCGAGCCAGACUCUGCUGGAUUCAGUCUAUAGCCACCUGCCCGAUCUGCUCUAGGCCUCGGCCGCCACCAAAUGCACGCUGCGCUCACUCACGCUGGCUGCUGUUUGUGAUCGCUUUGGCACCUGCGAAGGACAAUUGACCGCAGGCAGGCAGGCAGGCAGGCAGGAGGUUUUGUAGAAUUCGUGGCCAGUAUUUUCCUCAAGGGUUUUUCUUCUUUUCUCUCAUUGCCAGGGGGAGAGGGACGAUUUGCUGUCCUUUGCGCCCUUCCACGUUUAUCAUCUCAAUCAAAACGGUCUUGUUUUCCCCCCUCUUCCUCCUUCCGGAAUUUUCUCCGUUCUCAUUCCAGUGAGUCAUUUUAAGCACUUUAAAAAAAAACAAAUAAAAUUGUAGACCACAGAUCGUCUGUUCAAACCUUCCCGGUUUGCAUUUCUACUCCUUUUAAACGCCAUCAGAUCAAUUUUGGGGGUGGUUGUUUUUUUAAAAAUAAAACGGCGACUCCAAUUUGGGAAUAUUUCCCCCCCCCCCUCCCCAAUCAGGCAUUUCUCAUCUUUCUUUCAUGCCCUGCUCAUGAACGGAGGCAUAUGUGACGGACAGCUUUCAGUCAAACCAUUUUCCCACCCGAAAGAUGACUCUUUACAGAAUGAAAAGCAAAACGACAACUCAUUCUUUCGUUGACAUACUAGCACAGUUAUUUAUUGGUGGUGGUUGUUUUUUUGCACCUGGACAGAGCAUUUAAAAUGCUUGGUCACCUGGGCUCCUCUAAAGCUAUAAAGUGGAAGCAUUUUUACUUCUUCUUUAACUUCUUCAGCCUUCAAGACAAUAAAGACAUUGGGGGGGGGGGUUUUCCCCCGGCCUGCAUCUGAAUGUAAUCCUGUACACUUCACCUAGGGGGCGGAGUAUUUUUUUGCCUUGCCGUUUUCCGACCACCACGGGCUCGAUCACUUUGAAGCUGUGCCUGGAGCUGGACUCCAGAAAGAAAACCCCGAACGGACAAACGAACCCUGGAGGUGCCGCGUUUUUUUUUUUCCAUUCUGUACAAUUUUACUGAUUUGUGCUUCAAAAAAAAAUGGUGUCUCUCUUUUUCGUGGGGUUCUCUUUUUUUAUAUGCAGAUGUGGCCAAUCGUUACAGUUUCAGGGGCUCCCCCUUGGUCUUGACACUCUCUUUCCCCCCUCGCCUUCUCCUCCAAUUCACACUUUUAAUUAAAAUGCUGCAAUGUAAGACACCCGCGUCCGUUAUAUUUGCGACUACUGUGCUCCCCCCGACCAACCAACCAACCAGUCUACGGUAACGGCUCGUCUUGGAGAGAAUGUCGUCAGAGGGUGAUGUGUGCUACCUUGUCUUUUUUUUGGGGGGGGGGAGUGGAAGAGA